GUUAGAAGCAAUAGUGAUAAAAAUGCCUUAAAAAGAUACAGGGAAGAUAGUUCAUAGAUGACCUUAAAUGCCAGGUUAAGGAGUAGUACCCCUAUGAAGGACACAGGCAGCACCCUGAAAUUCCCCCUAUUCUUUUAACAUCCCCUGAAGUCAUGAUAGACCUUUAGCAGUAGUUUCUUCCAACUUCCACAUGAUGCUCUAGCUUUUGUUCAUAUAGUAACCCUGAGGCUGCAGUAAUGUGUAUAAUGGCCUUCAUAGUAUCCAGGGAAUUUUACCAGUUCCCAGUUGUCUGCUGAUUUCCUCCAUUUCCUUGAAGUUUCCCUCAUGCUGCCUUAAAACUUGCAUUUGAACAUCCAAAGUGAUACUCAUAGCCACAAGUCCAGCAUAUAACUUGCACACCUCUUGCAGUCACCAUGGGUCAAACACAAAAUAAUCUAUAGAAAGAGAAACUAGCAGAGUAGACAAUAGACAGUGAAGAACCCACUCAACACAGGCAAGUACAAUAGAGUGCUCAUUGGCAGGGAACGUUUGUGGAGUGGUAUAUUAACGACACUUACUAAUUGUGUAGAGUAUUGUCUGUUGUUCUAACUCAUUGGCUGAGAGUAUAUUUUAGCACUCAGAGCAUGGGAAAAAUAUACUCUAGAACAUGUAAGUAUAUACCAGUUAGGAAAAUAUUUCUGAGAUAAAUAGCAUUAUAAUUAGCCUGCAUGGUGGCAUUAAAUGGAGUAUGUGUACAAUAGGCAAAAUUUCCAAGCAUGUAAGGUUUCCCUUUGAUACAUUUUUGGCUUUCUUUCAGGGCUAUUUUUUCACUCCCUAGUGUCCCUUUCAUCCACCCCUAAGAGCUUUUAAAAAAAUAAAAUAUCCCCCCUUUUUUUCAUGGUUUGCCUACCUCAUAUGGGACCUCUGAUCCAAAAUUGCUUCUCCUUUGCUGGAGUCUACACAUUUUUUUUUCAAUUUGAGUGAUCUAAUCCACAAUUGGAAAGAGAGAAAACUGAUUUGAUUAAGUUCUGCUUAAGUAUAAAAGGUUUAUUAAGUCAAUCUGAAAUACUGUCAUAUAUUCAAAGUUGUAACCUCUGUACCUACAUGAAGAAAACAACACAAAAACACGUGUGGAUUAGUUGAUGAGCAGUACCACCUAGGAUGUAUCCCUGCUUACUGCAGUAUUCUUACCUCGGGCGUUGGUGCAGCUGCCCCCUUGCGCUCUCUCCAUACUCAUGGGAGAUGUUGCAAGUGGAACACAGCAUGCUUUCCAUUGAGACAGGAUCUUAGAAGGAACCCCUCUCAGUGCUCUAGGAAGUCACUACUAUCUGGUUCGGGUUCGUGAUAUUUCCUAUCUCUGAUUUAAAACCUUAGAACUUCAGCACUUUGUAACAUUAUCUACUGAUGGAUGUGUGCUAGAGAGUAACUCUUCUGUACUUAAAUGGAAAACCUUAGAUAUUAACCUUUCAGGGUUUGAAAAAUUUGUCCAUACAAAAAAUUGUAUCCAAAUAAAUCAUUUUAUUUUUAUUUUUUAUUUUUAUCUUUUUUGUUUUGUUUUUAAAGAACUCAUUUUAAAAAAUAUGUUCAUUUUAAGUUGCUGUCGUAGGGGUUGAUUUUUCCCCAGCAUGGUUCAGCUGUCGUGGAGUUAUGAAAAUGAUUGAUAAUCGGGUUUGGCCAGGGUUGGUGUUUUUGCAGAUGAAUAUAAUAUAUGGUGUAGAAAAGCAUUCAGGAACUCUGCUAUGGACCCUCUACUGAGCUAUCUUUCUUCUGGGUCUUAUCACAAGUUUUAGUACCUCCUGGUUUGUGUCCUAAGUCAGCCACUGGCCGUACGUAAUACGUGCUCCUUCCCCAGAUAGACUUGCCUGGUUAUGCUCCCACCAACAUCACAGCCCUCCCACUUUCAGGAAAGUGUGAACUUGGGCAGCAGCUUCCUUAACUUCUCUUUAUGCCUCAGUUAUUUCAUCUCUAGUAUGGAUGAUAGUACUUAUCUCAGUGUGGUAAGAAUUAACAAAUAAUUUCAUGUAACUACAGUGCUUAGAAUACAGUAUCUUAAAUGAUAUUGUUAGAAAUAUAUUUGAAAGAAAAAUGUAUUAAUAAAUGAGAAUUCAAAUAAGGAUCUAAGGAUUCAGUGAAAGAAGCUAGAGAAAUAACUACAAAGUGAACUUACGGAAAGUCAGAGGAAGGAACUAAAUACAGAUUCCAAAAUCAGUGAAGGAGAAAACAGGAGGUGAGAUAAAAGGCAGAUAUACAACUUUCAGAAAGCAAAACACAAUAUAAUCAUAGAUAGGAAAGAGUUUCUAACAUCGUAACAACAGAAAUAUUUAUAGGUGAAGUGAUAUAAUGUCUGGGAUUUGCUUCAAAAUAAUUAAUUAUGGGAGUAGGGUGAAGUGAGUGUAUGCAGCUAGAUUGGCGGUGAGUUGGUCAUUGUUACAGCUGAGUGCUGGGGACAUGAGGGUUUCUUAUGCUAUUCUGUCUAGUUUUGGAUAUGCUUGAAAUUUUCCAUAAGUUUAAUUUUGAAAACAGAAUACUAAGUGUAACUAUAUACUAAUACAAAAGUCUUGCUGAAAUAUGUGCUUUUCUAGGAAAAUCUAGAUGGUAUCAUUUACGAAGGUAUAGAAAACUUAAUAUACCAAUAGCAAAGGAGAAAUUUAAGCUAUUAAACUCUGUGCCUCCCAACUACGGUGCCUAUGAUUUCCUGGAGAAAUCUUUGAAACUUUUAAGAAAUAGAUCAUUUAAAUUGUGGUUUUUAAAUUGUCCCAAAGCAUAGGAAAAAUUUGCAUUGCCUUCUAGUUUAUUUUGUAAAGUUAACAAGGCCCUAAAAAUGAAAAUUAACACACAAAAGGAAAUUGUGCCAAUUUAACUUAUGAGUAUAGAUGCAAAAAUCCUUUUAAAAAUUUACAGAUCAUGGGCUCCUGUAUGGCUCAGUCAGUUAAGCGUCUGACUUUGGCUCGGGUCAUGAUCUCAUGGUUUGUGAGUUCAAGCCCCACAUCAGGCUUGCUGCUAUCAGCACACAGCCUGCUUUGGAUCCUCUGUCCCCCUCACUCUCUGCUCCUCUCUGUCUCUCAAAAAUAAAUAAAACAUCAAAAAUAAAAUAAAAUAAAUUAUAAAUCAAAUACAUAUAUUAAAACAAUGGAUUUUUCCCAGAAAUACAAACCUUAGGACAUUUGUUGAUCUGCAUUAUCAAAUCUUUAGGUCAAAGGAGAUACACUAAGUGAUUAUAUUAAUAGAUAAGAAGACAUUUUAUAAAAUAGACUAUUCAUGCCUGUUUUAGUAAAGAGAAAGUCUGACCUUAACAUAAUAAAACACUGUCUAAAACCAAAUAUUGACAUCGUAUCUGAAUGAUUUAGGGAGUAUAUUCCCAAGUCAGGAUGAAGUAGUGUUUAUUAGUGCUUGCUUUACAGUCCAUAGACUGAGAAAUUGGGGUCUUGUUCUGUGAUGGGAAGCCAUUGAAGAAUUUGAGGCAGGGGCAUGACCCAGUCUGAUUUCUGUUUUAAGAUUAUUCUGGCUGUGGGACGCCUGAGUGGCUCAGUCAGUUAAGCAGUGACUCUUGAUUUCAGCCCAGGUCAUGAUCUCGCAGUUCGUGAGUUCAAGCCCCACAUCAGGCUUUGCACUGACAGUGUGGAGCCUACUUGGGAUUCUCUAUCUCUCUGCCCUGCCCACCCCCCUCAAUAAAUAAAUAAAUAAAUAAAUUUUAAAAGAUUAUUCUGGCUGUAUACUAAGCCUCAGUAUACAGAGUAUACUGUAGCAGAGUUGACAGAGAACAUAUGGCCUACAAAGUCAAAAAGCAUUUACUGUCCAGCCCUUUAUAGAAAAAAGGGAUACAUGCAUAUAGUAGGAUUCAAGUGUAUGCGUGUGUGUAUACAGAAAAAAAAACUGGAAAGAAAAGCACUAAAUAAAAUUGUGAUUUUUUUCUUUUGUUUUUCUCCUUCUUGUUCAUUAUUUAAGUUUUCUGUAAUGGACAUGCAUACUUUUUAUAAUAAAAUUUACUUUUUUAAAUAGUAAGGAAAACAUUAAAACCAGUAAGAUAAAAGAAUAAAGAAAAACUAGCUGAAAUUUUAAUAACAAAUUUAAGUAAAGUUAAAAGAGGCAGGAUAAACAUAAACAAUAAUAUCUAGUUUCAUGCACACAACCGCACAAGUAGUGUCCAUUUCAGAUUUCAGCAUAUGCUUCUUACUCAGGCAGGCUUUAUUUGAAUUCCUACUGUAUGCUCUUUGCUAUGGAGAUACAAAAGUAAGUAUGGUGCCUGUUCUGAAGAACAAUCUGGCAGGGGCAGUGGCAUGGACUUAAACAGUAAUCAGUGCCCUAAGCAGUAUACCAAAGGGCCUAAGAGCUUUCAUUUUUGGUUAGGAAAUAGCUAACACCCAAAUAAAGCAGUUGCUCUGUGAUGAGUCGUAAUAUAAUUAUAAGGGAUUCUAAUCACCUGAACUAGUCUUGUAACUUUAUUUGUGGUACCUUGUGAUGUAGAGAAGUUUUUGAAUAUUAUAAUCAAAUCUGUAUCAAUAUUUUCCUCUAUGGCUUCUCCAUUUCCCAAAUAACCAACUGUCCUAAUAUCUCCCUCCCUCAGAUGUAAAGUGUCAAGUUUAUUCUUUUACUCUUUUUCUCGCCCUGUUUAUCUUUUACAUAGCAGUACCACACUGUUUUAAUUAAGGUAUUAUUUCAACUCAGGAAAACUUAUUUUAGGUUUCGGUAUUUGAAAUACUGCUUCAUUUUCUUAGUGCUAAUAUUAAAAAGCACAGCACACAGCAAAAUGUGACUGUUAACCUGAGCAUCAGUAGUCAUUAAAGCCAAUUCAGACUAAUCCUUUAAAUUCCGAAAAGGUUAUUUGGUUGUUCCUUAAGUAUUACUUGAAUAAAGUUGAUGACUGCUGUAUAGAGACACUCCUAUUUUGUUUUGUACGUCUUACUCAGUUGUGCAUUAACCAUGCUGCUUGUUUGCUGCUCCUUGGCAGUCUUAAGAGACACCUCAUGUUUAGACUGCAGUUUUAUGUUAGGUGGUUGUCCUAACCUUGCUGCCCUUAUGUAGCAUUGUAAUGAGACUUAAAUAAUUCCUUCUGGAGAUGGGUAGGUUCAUGUUCUGAUGGAAAAUUAAUCUUAAGUGCUUUCCUUAAGAUUGGUGAAAAAUUCAGGCAUGCAUUUUUAAUCAAGAGGACAGCACAAUCUCCUAGCAGAAUUCAGAAUUUUAUCUUGGACGUUUAUCUGGGUCCCAGUUGAUUCUAAAGAUUUUUCUGGUUUUGUUUCUUUGUUUUUUGGUUUGUUUUUUUUUUUGGGGGGGGGGGUUUAGAGAGCGCAUGCAAGCAGGAGAGAGAGGCAGAGGGAGACAGAGAGAAUCCCAAGUAGGCUCCAUGCUUAGCAUGGAGCCCAACACGGGGCUUGAUCCCACAACCCUGGGAUCAUGACCUGAGCUGAAAUCAAGAGUCGGAUACUCAACUGACUGAGCCACCCAGGCACCCCUCCCAGUUGAUUCUAAUGUAUUAUAUAGGAUAAUUUUUUAAAUUGAGCAAUUUUUUUAUUCUUUAACUUUGAUUAUGUCAUUUGUAAAAUAUUGCCAUAAAAAUUAAAUUUAGCAGCAACAUUUAUAGAACAUAGCUGCAAAAUUGUGAUCUGACAGGAAGAGCCAUAUGGCACCUGUAAGCACCCAAUGGACACUCUAAUGUUUGCUCAGUAAAGGAGUACUGAACUGAGCUCCCAUUUUAGAUACAUCAUCAAGUAUGUGCCUGCCUUGACCAUGGUUCCUUCAUCCAGAAAACUAGCUGAUCAUUUUGGGGGUUUUCUAGAGACUCUUUGGGUUUUGAAAAUGCAGCUAUUUUAUUCAGUUCAUCUAGGUCGUGAUGUUUUUGUUGGUUCCACAUAAGUUAAUGUACAUCAGGUAGAGCAUUUUCCCACAGCUCUCGAUGUUUCUGUCCUUGAGUUUUGUUUAAAUGCCACUAUGUCAGUGAUCAUAUUCUGACUCUUAGCAUACUUACAAAAUAUUUUCCAAAAUAAAAAUACCUUAGAAAAACUUCUGGAGACUAUUAGAGGAUGAAAUGGAGUAAAGGAUUGUCUGGUAACUUGACCUCUCCUUUUCCAGUUUGGCUCAUUCAGUAAGUGUUCUUUUUGCUCACUAAUAACCCAGGGAUUAGACUUUUUUUUUUUAAUUUAGAUUUUAUCAACUAGGAUUUUUAGCCAUGGACCUAAAAGGCUUUAACCUGGCUGAUAAUUGAUGUCUAUAACCAAUGUGAAUUUAAAUGUAAUUUACUUUCAUUUAAAACUGAAAAAAUUUGUCCUUAUAUCACAAUCAAAAAGUUGCUUGCAAUCAACAAGUGGUCAUUUUCUUCCCAUAGUUAUGAAACAAUUCCUCACUGACAGAGAAUACCCAUGACUUGUCUAUAUAUAACCUUAAAAUAGUCUUGAGACUACCCUUUGGAGUGUGUGUGUAAGCAUUACAAAGGGUAAAACUUCACAUGUGCAUCAAUGACUUUUAUGACUUUAAUAGUGCUGACUAGUUUCAUUUGCUUUUGAAGAGUCAUGUAGUUAAAUACUAGAAUUUCUCAGGAUUUUGAAAUAAAAUAAUGUUCAUCUCACUGAUUGUGAAAAUUGUCUAGAUUGCUGGGAACUAGGAGUUAAGAACAUUUCAACAGGAUUUUGCUAUCAGCAAAUCUUUUUUGGUUUCCUGUUCUGGCCUCCCUACCUAUCAGCUACAUUAGUGCCCUCGCCAUUACGUUUCUCCUUUCUUUUACCACAGGAAAAUUGUCAGGCCUCUUUUUCUAGCAUUUCAGGACCCGCCUGACAGGAAAUUUUCUAAUUGCCGGAACAGCUGGUAGGAGAAAACUUUGCAGGGGCUUGGCCUUCCCUUUCUAACCUAAGUUUUACGGUCAGAAAUUCUUGUAUCACCAUCAUGGUUUCGUAGCCAUGUUUAAAUUUUUGUCUUUUCGUGUUCGCUCUAUACAGGAAGAAGGCAGUAUCAAAGAAAUUGCAAUCACACAUCAUGUAAAGGAAGGACAUGAAAAGGCAGAUCCUUCCCAAUUUGAACUUUUAAAAGUAUUGGGGCAGGGAUCAUUUGGAAAGGUUUUCUUAGUCAAAAAAAUCUCAGGCUCUGAUGCUAGACAGCUUUAUGCCAUGAAAGUAUUGAAGAAGGCCACCUUGAAAGUUCGAGACCGUGUUCGGACAAAAAUGGAGCGUGAUAUCUUGGUAGAAGUUAAUCAUCCUUUUAUUGUCAAGUUGCAUUAUGCUUUUCAAACUGAAGGGAAGUUGUAUCUUAUUUUGGAUUUUCUCAGGGGAGGAGAUUUGUUUACACGCUUAUCCAAAGAGGUGAUGUUCACAGAAGAAGAUGUCAAAUUCUACUUGGCCGAACUUGCACUUGCUUUAGACCAUCUACAUAGCCUGGGAAUAAUCUAUAGAGACUUAAAACCAGAAAACAUACUUCUUGAUGAAGAAGGUCACAUCAAGUUAACAGAUUUUGGCCUAAGUAAAGAGUCUAUUGACCAUGAAAAGAAGGCAUACUCUUUUUGUGGAACUGUGGAAUAUAUGGCUCCAGAAGUAGUUAAUCGUCGAGGUCAUACUCAGAGUGCAGACUGGUGGUCUUUUGGUGUGUUAAUGUUUGAAAUGCUCACUGGUACACUACCUUUCCAAGGAAAAGAUCGAAAAGAAACAAUGACUAUGAUUCUUAAAGCCAAACUUGGGAUGCCACAGUUUUUGAGUCCUGAAGCCCAGAGUCUUUUGCGAAUGCUUUUCAAACGAAACCCUGCAAACAGAUUAGGUGCAGGACCAGAUGGAGUUGAGGAAAUUAAAAGACACUCAUUUUUCUCAACAAUAGACUGGAAUAAACUGUACAGAAGAGAAAUUCAUCCACCUUUUAAACCUGCAACUGGCAGACCUGAAGAUACGUUCUAUUUUGAUCCUGAGUUUACUGCAAAAACUCCCAAAGACUCACCUGGCAUUCCACCCAGUGCUAAUGCACAUCAGCUUUUUCGGGGGUUUAGUUUUGUUGCUAUCACCUCAGAUGAUGAAAGCCAAGCUAUGCAGACAGUUGGUGUGCAUUCAAUUGUUCAGCAGUUGCACAGAAACAGUAUUCAGUUUACUGAUGGAUAUGAAGUAAAAGAAGAUAUUGGCGUUGGCUCCUACUCUGUUUGCAAGAGAUGCAUACAUAAAGCUACGAACAUGGAGUUUGCAGUAAAGAUUAUUGAUAAAAGCAAGAGAGACCCAACAGAAGAAAUUGAAAUUCUUCUUCGUUAUGGACAGCAUCCAAACAUCAUUACUCUAAAGGAUGUAUAUGAUGAUGGAAAAUACGUGUAUGUAGUGACAGAACUUAUGAAAGGGGGUGAAUUGCUGGAUAAAAUUCUUAGACAGAAAUUUUUCUCUGAAAGAGAGGCCAGUGCUGUCCUCUUUACUAUAACCAAAACUGUUGAAUAUCUUCACGCACAAGGGGUGGUUCACAGAGACUUGAAACCUAGCAACAUUCUUUACGUGGAUGAAUCUGGCAAUCCAGAAUCUAUUCGAAUUUGUGAUUUUGGCUUUGCCAAACAGCUAAGAGCAGAAAACGGUCUUCUUAUGACUCCUUGUUAUACUGCAAAUUUUGUUGCACCAGAGGUUUUAAAACGACAAGGCUAUGAUGCUGCUUGUGAUAUAUGGAGUCUUGGUGUCCUCCUCUAUACAAUGCUUACUGGUUACACUCCAUUUGCAAAUGGCCCUGAUGAUACACCAGAGGAAAUAUUGGCACGGAUAGGCAGCGGGAAAUUCUCACUCAGUGGUGGUUACUGGAAUUCUGUUUCAGACACAGCGAAGGCAAGUAUAGCUUCCUAUAAUAAACUUUUGAGAAAAUAAUUUUUCAUAAUCCCUAGUGAGAAAAAAUCAUGCCAGUUAAAAACUUUUGUUUAUGAAGUAGUAUUUUGAAGUGAUGUUACCAAAUAACUUGAACUCACAAAUGGACCAAUUAAUUUGUUUCCCAGAGGUAUUGGUUUGGCUUUGUUAUUAUCUAUAUAUCUAAAACUACUUCUUACUUACAAACAUAAUGAAUAAUAAUGGUGGUAGUCUUCAUGAUUCGUGUGUCUAUUCUGUGCCUCACACUGCACUUCUCCUAAAUUAUCCCAUUUAAUCUUCUUAACAAACCCUGUAAAAUAGGCGUUAGUAUCUCCAUUUCACAGAAGGAAACCAAGGCCCAGAAUUUUGGUGUGAAUUUGUUUUUGGUUACCCACCAGCUACAUGUGGGUGCUUCAAAUUAAACAGUUGAUUCCAAAGCCCUUGUUCCCUAGAAUAGACUAUACUAUGUUCUCUUUUUGGUCCAUAUUAUGUAGAAAGGGGUCUCCUCUUCUUCACAGUAAACAGUAGUAUAGUUUUAUAGUGUCUGUUUGAAAUCCACUUGAAAAGCCUUUGUCCCUGAAAGAUCUGCCAUCCUCUGGCUGACUUGCUUUCCAAUUCUGCUCUGCUUCCACUUUACUCAUAGAAAAUGCUCUUUUAAAAAGAAGAGCAAAAAAUUUAAAAACUAAAAAGAAAAAGAGGGGCUCCUGAGUGGCUCAGUCAGUUAGGCUUCCAACAUCAGCUCAGGUCAUGAUCUCAAGGUCCGUGAGUUGGAGCCCUACGUCGGGCUCUGUGCUGACAACUCAGAGCCUGGAGCCUGCCUCGGAUUUUGUGUCUCCUUCCCUCUCUCUGCCCCUCCCCAACCUGUGCUCUGUCUCUCUCUCUCAAAAAUAAAUAAACAUCUUUAAAAACCUAAAAAAAAAGAAGAGCAGAGUUUUCCACUUCCAAGGAAGAAAAA